CCCGCCAGCGCCACCCGCCGGCCGCGGGGCCGCACCGCGCCUCCCCCCGUCCCCCCCUGCUCCGGCUCUCAAUGUUCCACACUGCCCGGCCACAGAGCCGCCGCCGCCGCCGUAGAGCCCCCCGGCCGCCUCCGUCCCCUCCUCGGGCGCCGCGGGCCCGGCCCGGCCCCCCGCCAUCCCGCCCCUCCGACCCAGCAGCGGGACAGGACGCCGGCGAAGUUCCCCACGAUGUCCAGUGAUAGGCAGAGGUCAGACGAUGAAAGUCCAAGUACCAGCAGUGGUAGUUCAGAUGCCGAUCAGAGGGAUCCGCCUGCCCCUGAACCUGAAGAGCAAGAAGAACGAAAACCCUCUGCCACCCAGCAGAAGAAGAACACCAAACUAUCCAGCAAAACUACUGCUAAGCUAUCUACUAGUGCAAAAAGAAUCCAGAAGGAGCUAGCUGAAAUAACCCUUGAUCCUCCUCCUAACUGCAGUGCCGGCCCUAAAGGAGAUAACAUUUAUGAAUGGAGAUCUACUAUACUUGGACCUCCCGGUUCUGUAUAUGAAGGAGGCGUUUUCUUCUUGGAUAUCACAUUUUCAUCUGACUAUCCAUUCAAGCCACCAAAGGUCACUUUCCGCACCAGAAUUUAUCACUGCAACAUCAACAGUCAGGGAGUCAUCUGUCUGGACAUCCUGAAGGACAACUGGAGCCCUGCUUUGACUAUUUCAAAGGUUCUGCUGUCUAUUUGUUCUCUCCUGACAGACUGCAACCCAGCUGACCCUCUGGUUGGAAGCAUAGCCACUCAGUACCUGACCAACAGAGCAGAACAUGACAGGAUAGCCAGACAGUGGACCAAGAGAUAUGCAACAUAAAUGACAAACUACUUGUGCAGUGUGAAGGUGCAGAAGGCAACUUUGCAGUGUGCAACAAAUCUUUAUAGCCUUUACAAUACGGACUUCUGUGUAUAUGUUAUACUGAUUCUACUCUGCUUUUAUCCUUUUGAAGACUGGGAUACUGCCCCCCAAAAAGGUAAAUGCUAUCAAGAGUAGAAGUUUGUAGCUGUAGAUUAGUAUGUUUAAAAUGCCUACUUGCAAGUCUUGCUUCUUUGGGAUAUCAAAAUGUAUUUUGUGAUGUACUAAGGAUACUGUUCCUGAAGUCAACCAAAUAUUAUAGUGCAUUUUAGCCUAAUUCAUUAUCUGUAUGAAGUUAUUAAAGGUAGCUGUAGAUUACUAGGAAUUAUGUCAUUUGUAUUAAACCCAGAUCUAUUUCCAAUAUGUGGUACAUGCUGUUGUGAAAACUGUUUUAACUUUUACCUUUGUCAGUUUGUAAUGAAAGGAUUUCCUUUUUCCCUUUGUAGCUCAGAGAGCACCCAGUGUAUCAUCUCAAACACAAUAAACAUGUUCCCCAAGGAGUAGUUUCUUUGUUUUCCUGUUUUAAAUUAAUAUUUUAAUAAAUUUAAUUAUAGUAACAAGGCAAGGCCAAUGUAUCACAGAUCCCUGUGGAUAAUUUUUAAAUUAAUAUACAUAAGCAAAGGCUUGCUAUUAAAUGUUUAAUGCACACCUGUGGAUUAAGUUUUCCCUGUUUUGUUUUUAACAGAACAAGUGAAAUUUCUAAAGUUUUCUGAAAUUGAGUACUUUUCAGCUCUUUCUCAAGCUGAAAUGAUCACAUUUCCUGUGCUUACUCCAGAAGUUAACGUAGCUGGUUGCUUCAGGGCCAAUCCUGCUCCCAGAACAGGCUGCCUCAGACUUGCUACAAAGGGUUUUUUGCAGGAGGAGGGCCAAGUUAGUCUGGUGCUUUUGUUUCUGAGUAAAGCAAGUUGGACUUGCUGACCUAGAGAACUGAGUUAUCCAUUGAAAAAGGUCUUCCAAAGCAUGAUUGAACACUCUAUCAUCUACCCAGAAAAGUGAGGAGUACAAUAAA